UCUAUUAUUGUAUCCACCCAGCAGGAUCACCGACAGGCGAACGGAUAAGAGAAGCGAUUUCCUCUAGCAAGCCCUUGGUCUUUCUCACAUCAAUUGCCUGGUUCACUUAUCACACUCAAUCCAUCCACAGGUAACACUAUCUAUCCUUGUACACGCCAGCGAAUAAUUCCUUCACUCCUUCACUCCUUCACUGACCAUCCGAUCCACAUGCAGUGGGGUCAGCUCAUCGCCCUGGUGGUCCUCGACCUGUGCGCCCUCCUUUUCCGCUACCACGACGGAAAAUGGUCAACCCCCGCAAUAUCGUGUGUGGCAUUGUCGCAUGCCUGCUUGUUGAUCCAUGCCUCGCUGGAAACCGUGACGAACCGGCUGCUGUGAGCCCUAACUCGGUGUUUGCGCCCGCGGCCAAUGUCACCGACACCAUCGCCGCCAUGGAGGCCGCCCAUGCCUCCGCAUACACCGUCGACAACGCCCUCGAGGUGUUCCGCACGGGCCUGGUCGCCCUCAAUCCCUACGGCUAUAUGACGGGCCAAGUCUUCCUCGAUCUGUACGGGUACGUGGCUGGCCUGAUCUCGCCCAAGAAGCCGAGGCGAUGCACCAUGAUAUUCGAUACCCUGGGCGACCAGGAAUACCACGAUGGCUUUCGAUUUCAGGCGACUAUCAUGUAUGCCGACUGCGACAAGAGGGAAAGCCAUGACGCCCUCCUGGAGCAGGUGGCCAAGUGUGCCCGCGCCGUGAAGGACGCAGAGGCGAACACGGGCUGCUGCAGGUCCAGUGUCCGAAAUCGAUGGGAGCUCAAGGUGCAACUGCAGCCCGCGCGAUUGGGAAAUAACAUCAAGUGGGGGGAUUGUUGAGUCGACAUCUCUGCAGUGGAUGGUAUCUAAGAAUGCUACCUUGUCCCCAGUCAUCUUCC